GCCGCAGAUUCUAAUCUAGUGGCUGAGAUCAACCCAAAACCACUGGUUCUUCUUUCUUCUUUCUUCUUCCUCUCAUCUUCGCGCGCUUACGCGACUUCACACCAAACAAAGGCGAAGAUGCGAGUGUCAGUUUCAUCUCCGCCUCGUCUUCACUCUCCGUUCAUUCACUCCCCCGUCAGUUACACUCAGUCUUCUUCCCGUCUCCGGUCGCCAGCUACAUGUUAUCCACGAAUCAAAGCAGAAGUUGACACGAACACGGUAGUCGCGAUUUCUGUUGGUGUGGCCAGCGUCGCAUUGGGCAUCGGAAUCCCUGUCUUCUACGAGACACAAAUCGACAAUGCCGCUAAGCGAGAGAAUACUCAACCUUGUUUUCCCUGCAAUGGAACCGGAGCUCAGAAAUGUAGAUUGUGUGUGGGAAGUGGUAACGUAACUGUAGAGCUUGGUGGAGGAGAGAAGGAAGUCUCCAACUGUAUCAACUGUGAUGGUGCUGGUUCCUUAACUUGCACUACUUGUCAAGGCUCUGGUCUUCAACCUCGUUACCUUGACCGAAGGGAGUUCAAGGACGAUGACUAAACAUCUUUCACUAUAGAACCAUAUCAAAGAGUCUCUCUUCUUAUGUUUCUUCAUCGGAAUGGACACACAUUUGUACAAUACUGUUUUGUUUUGUUCACCAAACAUGUGAGAAAUCAUGACCUGGAUACUGAAACAGUUGAAAGAUAACAUGAUAGACCAACUUGUACCUUCAACUUACAGCUGAUACUAUUUUCCUCCUCAACUA